UUGCGAAAUGUUCGUCAAAAUCACUAAGCCACAAUUCUUCUGUCGACUGGACGACAAAGCCAUGUGAUGGUUGGUGCUUAUUCGCUGAUUUUAUUUUGCGCCAAAUUACGAAGGCCUAUCUUCAAGUGCCAACUUCAAUCUAUAAAUAUAUGUUACUAAGUAACUCUCUUGAACUACACAAGAAAGCUGUCAUCUUUGGAAGAAAGGGUAAACAGAGAAGAAGACACUUAACACGUCAGUUCCAUGGCUUUCCGGGUUCUUCGCAGUCUGCAAUCAAAGCAAAUUUUCCGCCAAGCAAAAUCAUUCACGCCCUCAAACUCCAGCGGUGUUCCAAAGGGGCACCUUGCGGUUUACGUUGGGGAAAGCCGGAAGAAGAGAUUCUUGGUCCCGGUGUCAUUCUUGAAUGAGCCUUCGUUUCAAGAUUUGCUGAGAAAAGCCGAAGAAGAGUUUGGAUUCGAUCACCCGAUGGGAGGACUCACGAUACCCUGCAGCGAAGAAGUAUUCGCGGAUCUCACGUCUCGGCUCAGCAGUUCAUUAUGAUGCAACAAUACCAGUUUUGUAGAUUCUGUUUCCCGAACUUGUACAUUUUUCAUCGGUUUUCCCCUGAGAAAAGAUGGGAGAAGAAAACUCUCUUCGGAGGAACUAAUGUAACACAACUUUGUCUUAAUGUUUUAGUGAGUUGAAGGAUCAAAGAUUGUGAGUAGUUAUAACAAUA